AUGUACAUAUAUAAUUUAAAAAAGAGCCAACCACGUCUAAUAAACCGCACUCCAAGAUUUGCACAAACACUAAAUAAAGAGAAGGAGACCUCUAAUAUGUUUAGGAGAGGAGCCUCAAGGGUGAUUCAGAGGGCUGGAUAUGCCAAGAAGCCAAAAGUUGUCAAGCUGAGGGAUCUUUCUGACCCAGGAGCUAUCGAUAAGAUGGAUCCUCGGAUCUUAAGGCACCUGAUUAACAUGCGCACAGACCAGCUAAAUACGCAGAAAGAAAUCAAGAUGAUUAAUGAGCUUAGAGACGAUGCUAAACGACAACAACCACUUUCAAAAACUCGGAAACGUUUGUGGCUCCUUGCACUGGGCGGUGCACUUGCUUAUUUGGUAAAUAAUGUUAUGACUUGGAAAGCUGAAUAUGAUGAAAAGGAGGAAUCUCUGCAAAAGCAGAUGCUGGAACUGGAAACCGAACUGACUUCGUUGCUGGCUGAUGAAAAGGAGGUUAAACUUGAACCGAUUGAUGAACAGGAGGUUCCUUCACCGGUUGUGGAAAAGAGAUGGUAUCAGCGCUGGUUUUGGCGUUAA